AUGGAGUUGAAGAGUGCAGGUUUACAGCUCGAAGAACAGGCAUGGAUGUGGUUCGGAUAUGGUUGGACAGUACACUGGUUCACGAGAUGUAUGGGGGAGAGCAUCAUCACCGACCACGCCGCAAACCUCACAACGAGCCUUGUUUGGGAAGGCUCCUUGGAUGAGUACCCGUCUUUGUAUAAAGUACGCACAGAACCGCAGCCAUUUAUCUAA